CCGCGUCUCCAUCCCAUUCGCUCCUUUUCUCUGAUUGCUUCGCUACUCUUGGCUUGCCCCUAGACGCAGCGCUAGCUAUCUACUACGCUGUGCUGAGUUUAGCGUUUCAACGUCUGAUCCUUCUGCUAACAUCCCGCACACCAAGGAAUGGACGAGGCCAGCAGUCAUUCCGUCGUGCUUCACGUCUACGAUCUCUCGCACGGCUUGGCGCGUCAGUUGUCGCAGACCCUCCUGGGGACGGCGAUAGAUGCCGUGUACCACACGGGCGUGGUGGCGUACGGCACGGAGUACUGGUUCGGCGCGGGCGUCCAGCGCGGCGUGCCCGGUCGCACGUACUUCGGACCGCCCAUGGAGGCGAUCCGGCUGGGGUCCACGGAGGUCCCGCGUGACCUGUUCGAGCAGUUCCUGGCGGACGUGAGCGCGAGGUACAGCCCGCAGCGGUACAGCCUGCUGUCGCACAACUGCAACCACUUCAGCGACGACGUCGCGCACUUCCUGCUGGGCGCGGCAUCCCCUCCCGCAUCCUCGACCUGCCUCGCCGCGUGCUCAGCAGCCCGCAGGCUCCCUGCUGGCCCCCCUGCUCCAGCAGCUCGAGACCACUCUCAAGUACGGCGCCGCGCCUCACCCGCCUUCCCCGCGCCGUCCCCCAUCAGCGCGUCCCUCAGCUACAGCUCCCCCGUGCAACUGCUACACUCUCCGCCCACCUCUCCGCCCACCCCUGCCUCAACGGCCACUGCGCCAGAGCCCCCCUUGCAUUCGAUCACGGCCCCGCAAGCAGUAGGAGCAGCAGUAGUGCGUGGGACACGAGGUGAUGCAGAUGGCACUCAGAGUGGAGCGACUGGGCAGGCACAGGCGCCACACGCAGCAGCAGCAACGGCAACUCCAGCAGCAGCAUCUCCAGCGUCAGCAGCACCUGCAGCGUCAGCAACAGCAGCAGUGCCAGCAGCAGCAGCAGCAGUGACAUCAUCAUCAGCGUCAUCAGCAGCAGCAGCAGGCAGUGCAGACGCUCGGGCCAAGGAGGCAGUGCACGCGGAGAUCAGGCGGGAGUUUGCAGCGCUGAUGGCAGCAGGCGGGCUGGCAGCCAGCGAGGCUGCUGCUGCCGCUGUGAGGCGAGUCAUGGCCCGAUAUGGCUCCCUGCUGCUGCGGCUGCCAAGUCGUGACGCGUGGAGGGAGGUUCAGUGCGGUAUUUGGUGCUAGGUGCUCUUUUUAUGGAACCUUGUGCACGACAGGGAGAGCGCAUGCUGCAUAUUGUGCCAGAGCCAGAGACUUGUGGCGCUGAUGGAAAUGCCAUAGCCAAGAGUUUGACAGGCUGAUUCUGAUACAUU